CAUGUCAUAAAUUGGGUCUGUUUGGUGGGAAGGAAGGAAAUCUCGAGAAUCUCCCACUCUCUGCUGAUUACUCUUCCUCUCGCCAUUUGAACAGGAAUCCUCUCGGUGAACUAUUGACCGGAGCUGUCUCUGCAAUCCAUGGCGCACGCCCCUCGUCCCACUGUCCUCGUCACCGGAGCCGGUGGCAGAACUGGUCACAUAGUUUAUAAUAAGUUGAAGGAGAGGGCUGAUCAGUUUGUUGCGAGAGGUCUGGUGAGAACUGAAGAGAGCAAGGAGAAGAUCGGGGGAGCUGCUGAUGUUUACGUGGGUGACAUAAGGGAUGCCAGCUCUAUCUCCCCUGCGGUUAGAGGCAUCGAUGCUCUCAUUAUCCUCACAAGUGCUGUUCCAAAGAUGAAACCUGGGUUUGAUCCUACUCAAGGUGGGAGGCCCGAAUUUUAUUUCGAUGAUGGAGCUUAUCCUGAGCAGGUCGACUGGAUAGGGCAGAAAAACCAAAUUGAUGCAGCGAAAGCAGCUGGAGUGAAGCAGAUUGUGCUGGUCGGUUCUAUGGGUGGAACAAAUCCUAAUCACCCUUUGAACAGCUUAGGCAACGGGAAUAUACUGGUUUGGAAGAGGAAGGCUGAGCAGUACUUGGCUGACUCUGGCAUUCCAUACACAAUUAUAAGGCCUGGCGGCUUGCUAGAUAAGGAAGGUGGUCUCCGUGAAUUAAUUGUCGGGAAGGAUGAUGAGCUUCUUCAAACAGAAACAAAAACCAUUCCUCGGGCUGAUGUUGCAGAAGUUUGUGUUCAGGCUGUACUGUUCGAGGAGGCCAAAUUUAAGGCCUUCGAUUUGGCCUCGAAACCUGAAGGGACGGGCACGCCCACAAAGGAUUUCAAAGAUCUGUUUUCUCAAGUAACCUCCAGAUUUUGAAUUCGACGUGGUUGGCCCAGCAUUGGUCCCAGUGACUGAUUCUAUUCCUAAGCGAAUUUUUAUGUAGUAUUAAGAGUUAAAAAUGUAUUGGUCGAGCAUGAGCUCAAGGAAACUAUUUAACAAUAUUGUAUAAAUACUCUCUCACCAAACAAUCUUCAUGGUAUAAGGAGGAAGAGACCACAACUGAUUUUAUGGGGUUGCCCUUCCUCAUGUGGUCGAUAUA